GUGUGUGCACGAGUGAAAGUGUGCAUCUGCAGAGCUGAUCUACGUGAGAAUGUGGCACUGAGUUUUGGCUGAGCAUCUUUAGGAUGGAUGAGCGUGUGUGUGCCGCGUGAGGAUGAGUGGCGCACAGGUGAUGCUGUGACCGGUGGAGUUUUUGGUCUACUAUCGUUGAGCUUGUUUUGUUUGUUGGCUUGUUUGUUGUCCUCUCCCUUCCUCUAAAUCGGUUUUCUGGUGAGAGCAAAAAGCACCCUGCUGGUAUGUCCACCUCUCCUGGUGCAACAGACGGAAGCCAGAGGAACUCCUUGGAGGUGGAUGCUGAGCACACACAGAGGAUCCCUGGGGCAGAGCAGGGUGGGGUCUCGACCCCCCAGGUGAAGCUGAAAGAGAGGCAGAGGUUCUACGAGGAGGCCUUCCAGCAGGACAUGGAGCAGUACCUGUCUACUGGCUACCUGCAGAUUGCUGAGAGGAGAGAGCCAAUAGGCAGCAUGUCUUCCAUGGAGGUAAAUGUGGACAUGUUGGAGCAGAUGGAUCUGAUGGACAUGUCUGACCACGAGGCUCUGGAUGUGUUUUUGCACUCUGGGGGGGAGGACAACAGUGCUGCCUCACCUGUCACAGGUCCUGACGUUGAGCCGUUCACCACAGAGAUCACUCUCCAAGUCCCCACCCAGGCUGAGCUACGCCACAAGCUGUCUUCCCUUUCAUCCACCUGCACCGACUCUGCCAGCCAGGACACAGAGGCCGGCGAGGAAUAUGAGGAGGAGGAUGAGGAGGACAUGGAGCGUGGAGGAAGGAGGCGGAGGCCCCCAGUGGUGGUGACCCUGGAUGAAGAGGAGGUGCACCCUGACACAGGUCUGGUGGACCGAGUCGAGCACAAAGCAGAGAACAGCAAAAACUGUGAGGGGAGCAGGCCAAAGGUUUGAGGAGAAACACAAACACACAGAGCCGCCAAAUCCAACUCAGAUAUGUGCAAAUAUUUGCUUCCUUCUCCAUUUCCUUUCAUAUUUAGGAAAAUAUCGAA